AUGACUGAGUUAGAGAAGGCAAUAGUAAUGGUUAUAGAUGUCUUUGACAAGUAUGCAUCCAAAGAGGGUAGCAACGCAUCCCUUUCAAAGGGAGAAAUGAAGUCUCUUUUGGAGAAAGAACUUCCCGGUAUGCUUAAGAGCUCAAAGGAUAAAGAUGCUUCAGACAAACUCCUAAAAGAGCUGGAUGAGGAUGGAGACUCUGAAGUGGACUUUAAGGAAUACGUGAUCUUUGUGGCUACUUUGGCUACCAUGGCUCACAAGUGUAUUAAGGGAUGUGCACCCAAAAAAUAAUUUUAAGAAAUAUUACACUGCGUUUGCCAACA